GAUCAGUGUUCAGGAAACGUCAAAAGUAGAAGAGCAUAGCUUCUGAAGGCUGCAGAUGAGGAGCAGAUAAGAUGGAGCUGGAUAUCACCACAACAGCAGAAGAACUUGCAGUAAAUUGGAAGAAGGAAAACUCCAACCAAGAAGUUGCAGUAAUUGAGAAGAAGGAAAACUCCAACCAAGAAGUUGCAGUAAUUGAGAAGAAGGACAACUCCACCCAAGGUCCCUCAGAUGAUGACGAGAUUGGAAUGAGGAUGACAGAAGCAGAGAUUAAAGUCCUUGGAAAAUUAAAGCCUAUGGUAACACAAGACUUUUUUCAGUAUGCUGAAAAUUUAAUGAAGAAGAAAUCAGUUAACCAUAAUGAACUAAUGAUCCUCUGCAAUUAUUUUGUGGAACAACUACAACAAGCACGCAAAGGAAAAAAUCAGAAUCCACCCUGGUUACGGAUGCAUCCCACAGUCAAGGUCUACACUGUUGUUACUGGUCGGACCUUUGGCAUUGAGACAUCCAUAAUGAACCAAGUGAAGAAACAGAAGUUCACAAGAAAGUCAGUGGAGGAGACCACGAGCUUGAAGGACUGUGACGUCAUCAUGGUCUUCUGUCCAAUCACGUCCCGUAUUGUGUCAGAUGUGGCAGCAGCACUGAGAAGAGAGGAGGUGUCAUUGAGUGAUAAGCCCGUCAUUCUGGUGCUGAUGCAUCACACCCGAGAUGUCAAGUACUCAACUGGAGGAAGAAACAGGGCUGAACUGGGUCCAAAGGUCAAACUGCAGGUCGAUGUUCUCUUUCAUGACACUCAGCGUGGAUUACUGGAUUGUGACAAAAACAAACACCUUUUUGGCCAGGGAGCACAUAUGCAGUACAGUAAAACUGAACUGCUUGCGGUUCUAAACCACAAAAACCUGCACACCUUUGCUGACAAUGACUGGGACUCAAUUCCCCCUGAGAUCCAGACGGUCACCGACUCUAAUUUCACCAUACCACCGCUGAAGUGGCGUAGGCGACGGAGGCACAGGAAACAGAAGAGAGGGAAGAGAACGGGGCUGAAGGCUAGGCUACGUGCUACCCCACAUGGACCGGCUAUUCCGAGUCUCUUCCUCACCAACUCACGGUCACUAAAUAACAAGAUGGACGAGCUAAGACUGCAGAUCACCUCACGCUGUCUGGAUUGCUGUGUUAUGAUCAUCACAGAGACUUUGCUGGACUCUUUUACCCCAGACACUGCGAUUGAGCUAGAGGGCCACGCUACGUUCAGAGCGGACAGGAGAAAUGCGGGGGAGGUCUGCUAG